AUGACCUCCAUCAGUCGCAGGGAGUCGGUGUGCCGGAGUCUGUUCGGCCCCGUGGACCAGGAGCAGCUGCGCCGGGACCUGAAGCUGAGGCUGCGGGAGAUGAGCGAGCAGGACAGCCGCCGCUGGAACUUCAACUUCCAGGCGGAGACGCCGCUGCCCGGCCGGUUCCAGUGGGAGGAGAUACCAUCGGACUGCGCUGCUGCCUUCUACCUGGAGCCUGUGGAGCCGAGGGAGGCUGCCUGUACCCCGGCCACUGGGGAUGAGGAUGGUGCUGGUGCUGCUGGUGGUGAUGGUGGUGGUGAUGACAGGGAAGGAAGCGCAGGGACAAACCAGGAGAACUGUCCCCGCAUCCUCAACACCAAGCGUCCCGCUGAGGUGACGCCCGUCCGGAGGAAGAGGUCUCUCUCCAAACCCGCAGCCAAACCCCGGAAUUACGCACGAAUUACAGAUUUCUUCGCAAAGAGGAGGAGAUCGACAGAAACCAAGAUCCAGACCCUCACAAGCUCCAGUGACGCAGCUCAGUGCAAAACAAUACGAUGA